GUAAGGUGCACCUAUCAUACCUGCCAGCGUUGAAGGACCUGAGGACGACCUCGCGCUUUGAUUGGGGUGGGGCAGCGCUCGGUGCAGCCUACGCCGUUUUGGGAGACUCCGCGAGGAUUGAGCAAGGAGCCGCUGGUUAUUGGAUGAUCUGGGAGCUUUGGGCCUACAAAGUGCUGUGGAUGUACCCACUGAUGUGCAAGCAUCCCGACCUAAGCACCCUCCCCUGCGCGCUGAUCUGGAGCAAGGAGAGCAUGGGGACGAAAGAAGGAAAAGGCAACCUAAAUGCCUUCCGAUUGUACUUGGACAAGCUGAAAGCUUCACAGAUAACCUGGGAUCCCUGGAAAGUGGUGGGGCUAGAGCUUGAGUACCCGGUUAAGAGCAGGGCUGUUACAGCUAGCAGGGUGCUACUAGAAUUGGCCUUUGGUUGGCAGUGGUACUUGGGAGAUCGAGUGACACGCCAAUCACUUUGCUACGCUAAGUUCUAGGUGCUAAGGCCACUUCCACCAUGGGCCUCACACACAAGAGAGUACAUACGGGCCGAGCUAGAGACGUUAAUGCAGCCAGACACUGACCUGACACGCUACUUGCGUCCUGAUAUGGACUAUGCCACGUACCAGAGAGAGCAUUUGGUGAGGCUGCUGGGAGUUCGGGCCUUUAGAGAGAUGCAGGGUCAGGCUCGCGGAGCUGCUGAAGAGAGGAGAGAUGCUGCUGAGAGACAAAGAGGGGAAGAGGGUCAUGUGAGACGAAGCUUGAGUGGUCAGUGAGAGGUGGGCCACCUGAGUUGCUUUGGAAGAUAGCAAUGGUGGACAUACAGGGCAAUCCAGCUGAGGUACACCUAGUUCCUGCUAGAGUUGAGCCUGCACCAGUGACUAUCCUGGUAAGACUUAACUUCCAUUAUUGCAUUUCAAUAUACUUGAAACACUGUUGAAGAAGAUGGCAGCAAGGACUCCUGCACCUCCGACCACAACUCGGUGACAAACACGCGGUGCACAGCAAGCGGCCAAGGAGGCCGUAGCACGAGCAUAGGAGAAGUACCAACUAAAGAUGCGCGAGAGGCCAUCCCAGUUAGAGCAGACUAAGAAGAGGAAAAGGAUAGAAUCUGAACCCUCUGAGGAAGAGGAUGAAAAAGAAGAGGACGGAGAGGAUGAGGAGGACGAGGAGGGCUCGUCCAACAGCAGCGGCUCUGACAACACCGCAGAUGAUCCUGGAUACCAGCGGGAUCCAAGGGAGAAGGAAGACGGCAAUGAGGAUGACGACGACGAUGACGUCGACUGCUUCAAGUGAAAGCUGUCAAUGAGCCUCACUUACUUUACUGCAUUUACUUUUUUGCUUUUGGGCCCGCAUGCCCAGUUAGAUAGCUAGAUAGCGAGCUAGCAUGCCCUAGUUGACUUUUGGCAGUAUUGGGCCUGCGAGCCCCUCUUUUGACUUGUGGGCGGAUGUGCCCUGCUUGACAUGUUGCUUUUGA